AUGUCAAGAAUAUCUAUUUUUGUGAAGCUGGGGAAUGUAGUGAGCGUUAGGAACUCUAGAUGGCGCUCUGCGCGUGCACGUCUGCUCGCGGCCGCUCAAUGGGGGAGAAGAAGACGGGAACAUGUACAAGGUUGGAGGGGUUGCAGGAGUCACUGGCACUCUGGGAUUGAUCUCAGCCUCUGUUCUGGCCGCUUCCGCUGCCGCCGAUGACAAACCCAAAACAACUCUGAGUGUAGAUGAGCUGUCUCUCUACACGACACCGCAGCAGAAGAUCCAGUAUGUGGAGCCUGAGAAAGGUUCGGUGGAAGAAGGCGUUUCCACACUGAGAAAACUAGCAGAGCCUUAUACCACCUGGUGCCAGGGUGUCUAUGGAACGGUGAAACCCAAGGUUGACAGCACUGUACAGUUUGGGCAGAACAGUUAUGCCUACUUGAAGAACCCUCCGCCUGAGUUUUACCCCAGAGCUGGAAUCAUCGGCUUCGCUGGGAUCCUAGGCCUUUUCCUAGGAAGAGGCUCCAGGCUGAAGAGACUGAUCUACCCUACUGGUCUAAUGGCUGUGGGAGCGUCCAUGUAUUAUCCUCAAGAGGCAGUGACCGUCGCAAAGAAAACAGGAGACUCCAUAUACGACUUGGCACUUCAAGCUUAUGUUACUGUGGAGAAGCUCAUCAAAGACAAACCAGCCUCAAAGAAGAGUCAGCAGAAGGAUCAAGCGGAAACGAGUUCUAGCGGGGAGACCAAAGCUUAGGUACAUCAUCACGUCUCAGGUUAUUGUGAUACGGCUGAUGUGGGAUCUCCAUCAUUCGCUCACUUUUAUGACCUGCUUUUGCACUAGCCACUUCCUCUUUUCAAUCAGGAAGGAGUUAGUGGUCUGUCUGGAAAGUUUUUAACUUGAAAAACUACUGGGAUUGUGUUAAAAAUUCACUAAUAAAUUAUAUAUAUACACA